AUGGAACCUGCUUUAUCAAAAGUAUCGAAGAUAGCAAAAUUAUCUCAUACAAGUACUGUUUUUGCAGCGAAACUAGAACAUAUUGGAAAAUCAAUUCCUAAACCUAUCAAAACUCGUUGGAACAGCCAAUUCAACACAGUUGAAAAAAUUUUAAGUAUACCAUCAUCAGAAUUAAAUGAAAUGUUAAUUUUAGUAAAACGUAAAGAUCUUUGUUUACUUACUAAAGAUUAUCAAAUGCUAAACGAAUUUAUAUCAUUAUUAACUUUAUUUGCUGAUGCAACAACAAUAACACAAUCUGAAAAUACACCAUCAAUAUCAUUUGUUGCACCUACUAUAUUAUCAAUUUACUAUGAUUUAUUAAAUGAACAAUCAAAUGUCUUAUAUACAUCAUCAUUAUGUCAUACAUUGUUAACUUCUAUAGUUUCUCGGUUUGGUGGUUUAUUAGAUGAAUUAGGUGUUAGUAUUGAUAAAUCGAUCAAACAAAAAGGUUCAUCUGAACUUUAUAGGGAUCAAAUAUUUAUUUAUUCACCAUUUCUUGAUGGAAAAUUCAGGUUACAUUGGAUUAUGGAAUCAUCAUUACCAUUAGAAACAAAAACUAUUAUUUGUGAUAAAAUUAAAAAUUUGAUAUAUGAUCAUUGUGUAGUACUUCAGCAUAGUGAUUGUUCAACAACAACACGUGAAGUUAAUGUUACUGAUGAUGAACAAUCAACAACAAUAACAACACCAAGACUAACACCAAAACGCAAAAGUCUUUUCUCAAAUAUUGAACGUAAAAAUAUUAAAAAGCAAAAGAUUGAUAAUUUUGCAUUUAUUAAAGAUGAAAUUACUAAUUAUCUUAACGAAGAUGAUAAUGAUUCCAAUCGGUUUAUUCUAAUUAAUGAACCGAUUAAAUACAAAGUAUUGAACCAAUUGGCGAAGAAGGUGUUGGCAGUUCCUGCAACAUCAUCACCGGUCGAAAGAAUAUUUUCACAAAGUGGCUUUAUAUUUCGACAACACAGGGCCAAGAUGUCAAGAAAGACUUUGCAAAUGUUAACCAUGUUAAAAUGUAAUAAGGAACUGAUGUAA